AUGGACGAAACUCAGCCUCUCCUCCCCGAUGUCCCACCAGAGCCCAUUCCGGCCGACCUCGACAAAGACAUUGUCACCUUCGACGUCGAUGGCGACCCUGAGAACCCAGAAGACUGGCCGCAGACAUACAAAUGGAGCAUUGUAGCCCUUCUCGCCUUCAUGGCAUUCACAGUGACAUUCACAUGUUCAUCCGUGGUCCCCGUCGCCAACAGGAUCGUCGACGAUCUGUCCGGCGGUCACUCCAGCAAAUCAUCCAGCGUCCUCCUGGUCACUAUCUGGGAGCUGGGCGAGGCCGGCGGUCCCCUCCUCAUUGCACCACUCUCUGAACUCUUCGGACGGUACCCAGUCGUCAACACCGCGAAUAUCCUCUUCAUCUCAGCCACCGUCCUGGCCGCACUAUGUCAAAGCACUCCCCUCUUCAUCGCCGCGCGGUGCCUGACCGGUGUGGCCGUGGCGUCCAACGUCCUCAACCCGGCGAUCGUAGGAGACAUGUUCGUGUCUGACCAAAGAGGCACCGCCAUGUCGUACAUCAUGCUUGCACCCUUGCUCGGAGGCGCCAUCGGACCUGCCAUAGCCGGCGCCAUCGCCCAAUCUCUAGGCUGGCGUCAAGUUCUCUGGAUGUCUGUUAUCCUUGCCGGUGUCGCUGAGGUCUUGUUCCUCACGUGCUUCCGCGAGACUUACAAAGUGGCAAUCCUGAGACGGAAAGCAGCUCGCCUCCGCCACGAGACGGGCAAUCUCAACCUCCGCACGGCGUUCGACGUCGGCGAGAACAAGAAUGAUAGCACCAGCCGGAAAUUCUGGGAGUCCAUUCUGCGUCCACUGGUGGUGUUUGCCGAUAGUUCGGUGCUUCAGUUGAUUUCGAUCUACGGCAGCUUGAACUUUUCGUAUUUUUACAUCAUGACCACGACACUCCCCGAUAUUCUUCAGGAUAUAUAUCAUCUCUCCCCUGCUCUUACGGGGUCUAGCUUUGUGUGUAACAGCAUCGGCGCCCUUUUCAGCGUUAUCUUAUGUAACCUCCUCCUCGAUCGAAUCUACAUCCGGCUACGCAAAUCCCACCACGGCAACGAACAGCCCGAGUUCCGUUUACCGCUGGUGAUCCUUGGCGCAUUCAUCAUGCCCGUGGUGAUUGCAAUCUACGGCUGGAUCCCGCAACUUCACCUGCCUCUCGCCGUUAUGCUGACAGGGGUCGGCGCACUGGGGGCGGCUCUCAUUCUCGGGCUGGUCCCAUUGAUGGCCUACAUUGUCGACGCGUUCAAAUUGUACUCGGCCUCGGCCAUGACGGCCGUCAUCGUCAUGCGGUGCCUCGUGGCCACCUUUCUACCGCUUAUGGCCGAACCGCUCGUCCACGCUUUCGGUUGGGGCUGGGGAUUCACUGCUCUGGCCGGUGUGAGUUUGUGUUUUGCUCCCAUCCCCGUCUUGAUUUUCAAGUACGGCGCGAAAUGGAGACAGUGGACAAAGUAUACGCGUGGAGAAUAG